AUGAUCACCGAUUCUCUCGCGCCGCCCCCCGCCGUCAAUCUGGACUUUGAAGCCCGCGUCCCCGUCCCCUUCAGCAUCUUCCCCUCGACCUACAAGGACUCCGAGGCCCAGACCGCUACCGUCGAGACUCACCAAGAGGUCGAAGUCAAGCUUCCCGAACCCAAAGCCGGACGGGAAGGUCAGCACUCUUCGUCGUUCACUGCCAACGUCGACCUCCCGCAGCAGCCUGAGCAGCAGGAGCACCGUUUCGGCAACGAAGAGGUCCAUUAUCGUCAAGAGGAGCAUUACCACCGUCCCGGUACCCAGCACGAGCACUUUGCCUACGAAGAGCGCCGUCCUGCCGCCCCUCGCACCAACUACACCAACACUCACAUCGAGGUUGACGCCGCUGCACCCGCUGCCGCCCAAGCCUUCACCAGCCCUAUUGACGUUGCUGAACGUCAAUACCGCGAACGCUACACCCGUCCCCAGUUCAACGUAACUGUCGACGGUCCAGGUCGCGCCACCUACCAGUCCGGCACCACCACCAACGUCAACAACUUCACCGUUGACGCCCGUGUUCCCGGCUCCGCCCCCAAGGUCGACUCCAAGUUUAUCUCUGACGAGACAGUUGAGCCUGCCCGCUACUCCACCGCCCACCAGAAAUCCAAGAUGGGUUACUACGACGAGGACGGUCACUACCACUCCUUCCGCCAGGGCGUCCACAAGCUCGCGGACCGCAUUGUCCACCCCCGUGGCCAUGAGCACCACCACCACGUUGAUGUCGACGUUCACCAGUCGGCUGGUCGUCCCCGCCCCGGUGACAGCGCCGAGUCCUACCUGCCCAACACCGUCACCAUCCCCUGCCACCACAUCCGCCUUGGUGACUUCCUGAUGCUGCAGGGCCGCCCUUGCCAGGUCAUCCGCAUCUCGACCUCGUCCGCCACCGGCCAGUACCGCUACCUCGGUGUCGACCUGUUCACCAAGCAACUGCACGAGGAGUCCUCCUUUGUCAGCAACCCUGCUCCCAGCGUCGUUGUCCAGACCAUGCUCGGCCCCGUCUUCAAGCAGUACCGUGUCCUCGACCUCCAGGACGGUCUGGUCGUUGCCAUGACCGAGACUGGCGACGUCAAGCACGGGCUCCCCGUCAUUGACCAGUCCAACCUCUCUGGCCGCCUCGCGAACGCUUUUGAGUCUGGCCGUGGCUCCGUCCGCGUCCUGGUCCUCAACGACAACGGCCAGGAGCUCGCCGUCGACAUGAAGGUCAUGCACGGCUCCCGCCUCUAAAUUUAUCAACCCAAUGUUGCAAUGACAUCCUUUCCUUUGUUCUUUGCUGUUUAUCAGCAGUUAGCUUGAUCUGCCGUCUUAGGCAGUGUUGCAUCAGCAGCGCUGCUGGGGGCGCAGUAUAUAGGUUAGCUGGGCAUGAGAAUGGUGUAUACAUCUUGGAAAGAUAUCUUGGAAAAUUGUGUGGAGUCUUAGUAGAUAGGUGCAGUGUACAUGGCAAGAUGUAAUCGAUUUGUGAUAUAUGCUUUCUCUUGUGGUGAUUGAUGUUGCUAGCCUCGCUCGACGUCGCUUUUGCUGUCCCAGAUUUAGCGGGUGCGUCAAUCUCGCUCAAGCUGCUGGCAGUAGGGUAGAUAGAUAGCUUUGACCAUCAAGGUGCACCGCCUCCAUCAGCAUAAGCCCCU